AUGGUUCAAUUCUCUGAGGAAUCCAAGGAGCGCAUUUCCAAGGUUAUCGACAUAUCCAGAGUUGUUAUCCACUAUGGGUACCUGCCUUUGAUCGUCUAUCUCGUGAACCCAGACCAUCUCUAUUCAACUCAUACUUCUUUGAACGAUCUUCAGUUGACCGAUCCUCUUCCUCUCGAAUGGGCCGUUCACUCCGAAUCUUGGGCACUGUAUUUCUUGUGCUACAGCAAUCUUAAGAGCAUGCUGCGAGUAUCCCGAACUACCCGGGAACAAGAACUGACAUCUUUCGAUUAUUUCAUCUCCUCGGGCGCCGCAGGUAUGCUGACAUCUAUCUUGACAAACCCUAUCUGGGUAAUCAAGACUCGUAUGUUGUCCACCGGUUCUAGAACACCCGAGGCGUAUUCAUCCUUUACUACGGGCGUAACGCAAAUUUACCGCUCUGAGGGUAUCCUGGGCUUCUAUAGGGGCCUGCUUCCAUCCCUUUUCGGUGUCAGCCACGGUGCACUACAGUUCAUGACGUACGAAAAACUUAAGGUGUACCGGACAAAAAUCUCUAAUGAUGGCAGACCAGCCAAACUACAGCGCCAUGAGCUUGGCAACCUGGAUUUAUUUGUUAUCUCCAGCCUGUCAAAGACUUAUGAUGCCCGUAUUGUCUACCGAGGCGCCUGGGACGCUAUUGUGCAGAUCUGGGUUAAAGAGGGGAUUGCAGGUUUCUACAAGGGACUGGGGCCGAAUAUAUUCCGGGUACUGCCAAGCACCUGGGUGACCUUUCUGGUAUAUGAGAACACCAAGGCGUAUUUACCUGGUCCAUUUACCCAUGAGUAG